AUGGCUUCUUUCAUUCCCGAUUUUUCACAACUUCCGGCGGGUAACUACGAAAUAAUCAGUGUGACAGUGAAUAUCAGAGAAAGAGAAGAAUCACUCCUUCAGAUGUUUUCCAAACUUCAACCUGAAUAUCCUGACAUGGUUCAACAACUAUCUUGCUUUUACCGCUUCCAUUCCGCCAGCAUUGACAUGGAGAGAAUGAACCGUGUUCAGUCCUGUCCAUCCAAAGUUCAGCAACAGUCGCUCCAUGUGGAACUUGACAACCAGCUACGCAUGAUCAUCGACCGGGUAGAAUCUAGUUUACAGUUAUUGGCAUCACGCACUGAACCGAGCAAGUCGUCAACAACGGCGAGGACUCGUCCAGUCUUGUGUCGUCGGUCCCUGAAAGUACUAGAACAAUGGUACCAGUCACACUUAGUUCACCCGUAUCCCACGGCCCAGCAAGUUGAACAACUGGCCGAGAUUUCGGGUCCAACAACGGAACAGGUCAAAAAGUGGUUUGGUAAUAAAAGAAGUCGUGCGAGAAACACAAGAUCCCUGACAGAGAUAGCUAAAGUCAAACGAAGGCAGCGACUUCUCCGAAGAGUGUGA